ACAAUGGACUGCAGACACAGUACAGGAGAUGACCAGAGACUGCGGACACAGUACAGGGGAUGACCAGAGACUGCGGACACAGUACAGGGGAUGACCAGAGACUGCGGACAUAGUACAGGAGAUGACCAGAGAGUACAGACAGGACAGGAGAUGACCAGAGACUGCGGACAUAGGACAGGAGAUGACCAGAGACUGCGGACAUAGUACAGGGGAUGACCAGAGACUGCAGACAGUACAGGGGAUGACCAGAGACUGCAGACAG